CCGGGAUCUGCCGGGCGGCCCGAGAAGCGGAGAGGGAGAGCGGGAGCCACAUGCGAUCGGGUGCCGAGCGCCGAGCGGCCGCGGCGGCAACAGCGACACCACCCGAGUGCCCGGCGCCGACGGCCACGACGCGGCCGCGGGGAGCGAACGCAGCCACCAGCGGCGCUGCGGUCCGAUCGGCGGAGGCAGCGGGAGCCACUCGGCAGCGGUCGCCGCGGCGAGCGGCACUCGGCGGGCGCGCCCUCCUGAAGGAAGCCGCCCGCCCCCCACCGCCGCCCCCCUUCGGCGUGUUCAUGCCCCCGGGGCCCCCGGGAGCGCCAUGGCCCGCGCACGACAGGAGGGCAGCUCUCCCGAACCUGUAGAGGGCCUGGCCCGCGACAGCCCGCGUCCCUUCCCGCUCGGCCGCCUGGUGCCCUCGGCCGUGUCCUGCGGCCUCUGCGAGCCCGGCCUGCCCGUCGCCCCCGCCGCCCCGGCCCUGCUGCCCGCCGCCUACCUCUGCGCGCCCAGCGCCCCGCCCGCCGUCACCGCCGCCCUGGGGGCGCCCCGCUGGCCUGGGGCUCCCCGCAGCCGGCCCCGAGGCCCGCGUCCAGAUGGCCCGCAGCCAGCUCCGUCACCGGCCGACCCGCACCUAGAGUCACCGGUGCCCAGCGCCCCGGAAGCCUUGGCGGGCGGCCCCACCCAGGCGGCCCCCGGAGUCCGAGGGGAGGAGGAGCAGUGGGCGCGCGAGAUCGGGGCCCAGCUGCGGCGGAUGGCGGACGACCUCAACGCGCAGUACGAGCGGCGGAGACAAGAAGAACAGCAGCGACACCGCCCGUCUCCUUGGAGGGUCCUGUACAAUAUCAUCAUGGGACUUCUGCCCUUACCCAGGGGCCCUGGAGCCCCACAGAUGGAGCCCAAUUAGGCCCCUGCACCCACCCUGUGGACGUUGGAGACUUGGGGGGCAGGACCCCCCCACCUCCUGAUGCCCUGGCCAGCACGGGGGACCUU